CUUGACCGGCAUUUUCCGAGAAUAUUCCAGGCACGUUUGCAUGCGGGAUAGCCUACCAUAUGAUGAUGCAAUAUUGUGAUCUGUAGCCUUUAGAAAGCAAGUCAGAAGAGUUUAACUAAUACAAGUGGUUAUUUCAUACGAUGGCUGAAGAAGUAGCGGCAAAAAUGGAAGGCGUGAGUUUAGGCGAGUUGUACACAUCUGAAAAGCGUGGAUCAGACGAAAGUGGAGAUGGUACAGAACAGAAUCCUUUCAAGACUGUAAUACAGGCCAUGCGAUGUGCUGGGAAGGAACCUUUUCCAAACAUUCUGGUAGAUGCUAAGGAAGAAGGAAAGACAUGGGAACCUGUUGCAAAAGCGCAGUUGAAGAAACAACAGAAAAUCUGGCAGAGAGAAAAGAACAAAAGUGCAGAAAAAGACAAGAAAGAGACAGAGGAUGCAGAAAAGCGAGAGAAAAACUUAGAGGAGGCAAAGAAAGUAGUGAUAACUGAAGAUGCCAGUCUCCCAGCUCCUAAACAGAUUAAGAUCCGAGAUUCUCUGGCUAACAGAGAUGUACGCGUGAAGGUUUUCGGCUGGGCUCACAGGAUCAGGAGACAAGGCAAAAACAUGAUGUUUGUCAUUCUGAGAGACGGUACAGGAUUCUUGCAGUGCCUUUUGUCAGAUAAAUUGUGUCAUACAUACGAUGCCGUUUUGCUGUCCACCGAGUCUGCUGUCUGUAUCUACGGUAAAAUCUCUGCUGUUCCUGAGGGAAAAGCUGCCCCUGAUGGACAUGAGUUGUGUGCAGAUUUCUGGGAGUUGGUGGGGGCGUCGCCUCCAGGAGGAGCUGAAAAUGUCCUUAACGAGGACGCCAAUGUAGAUGUUCAGCUCGACAACCGCCAUAUGAUGGUGAGGGGAGAAAACACAUCCAAGGUGCUGAAGAUGAGAUCAGUCGUGAUGCAGUGCUUCAGGGACCACUACUUUGACAGGGGAUACUAUGAGGUGACCCCGCCCACCCUCGUGCAGACCCAAGUGGAAGGUGGUUCUACGCUGUUUAAGUUGGACUACUUCGGAGAAAUGGCGUAUCUAACUCAGUCGUCGCAGCUGUAUCUGGAGACGGUGAUACCAUCCAUGGGCGACGUGUUCUGUAUCGCACAGUCCUACAGGGCUGAACAGUCACGCACCAGGAGACAUCUAGCAGAGUACACACAUAUAGAGGCGGAGUGUCCUUUCCUCUCAUUUGACGAUCUGUUGGAUCGACUAGAAGAUCUUGUUUGCGAUGUUGUAGACAGAGUUCUCAAGUCUCCUUAUGGCAAAGUUGUCAUGGAACUCCACCCCGGUUUCAAACCACCGAAGAAGCCAUUUAAGAGAAUGCCCUAUGCUGAUGCAAUAGAAUUUCUUCGUGCCAACGAUAUCAAGAAAGAUGACGGCACAUACUAUGAGUUUGGAGAGGACAUCCCAGAGGCUCCAGAGAGGAAGAUGACCGACAUGAUCAACGAGCCCAUCUUGUUGUGUAAAUUUCCAACCAACAUUAAAUCGUUCUACAUGCAGCCCUGCUCUGAUGACCCCAAGCUGACCGAGUCUGUGGAUAUGUUGAUGCCCAAUGUUGGAGAAAUUGUUGGAGGGUCCAUGAGGAUGUGGAAACAUGAGCAGUUGAUGGAGGGCUUCAAGAGAGAGGGCAUUGAUCCCACCAACUAUUAUUGGUACACAGAUCAGAGGAAGUUCGGCACGUGUCCUCACGGGGGAUAUGGUCUCGGCCUUGAAAGGUUCCUUUGCUGGCUUCUCAACCGCCACCACAUACGGGAGGUUGUUCUCUACCCCAGAUUUGUGGAGAGGUGUAAACCGUGAAAAGAAUCAUGAUAAAAACAAAUUAUUUAUCACAAUUACAAGUGCACAAUAUUUAUCACAGACCACAUCGGUGGCGGACAUACAUCUACAGUGUUUUUCUCUCCCUGCUUCUCAUGAUUCAGAUAAAAAUUCUGAUGUAAAGUUUUGAUGUUUUGGAACUUUUUUAAUGGUACAAAUAUAUCUGGAUAGAUUGUGUUUCUGUACAAAUCUAAUAUGAACAAAUUUAUACAACAGAAAUCAUGAUACAAAUGUCCAUUAUUUUUUUCCAUUAGAAUUGAUUGCAAGAAUAAAAGACAUUCAUAUAAUGAAGAUAAGGGGAAAUUUUAUCCUCUGCGAGGAAAACGAAAGUGAAACCAGCCUUUAAAAAUACCUGUCCUUAAUAUUUUACAUCCACCUUCAAAAAUUAUGUUUUUAAAUGGAAAGAAUGACCUAAUAUACAUUUUCUUCUGGUGUUAUUUUUAAUUGCAAUCAACGUUGAUCAUUUGUACCUGAUAAAUGAUUCUGUGUGGUCAUAAUUUCAUUAUAUAAAGUUGAAAGCAAGUAUUCAAUUGACUGAAAGUUUCAAUGACUAAUUAAUGGUCUUCAGUUUGCUAAUGUCUUUCAAGGUUCUACUAAAAGAUGUAUAAUUUGAUUUCCACUAAUGUGUAGGAGUAACACGACAAUCACUAAUAACGGGACCUAUAAGUCAGAACAAAUUUGGGGAGACCUUUUCUCUCUCGCAGUGUUUAAAUUUGUUUGGGAUAUCAUUGUUUUGCUUUCAACGUGUGAAAUUCAUUUUCUGAUUGAGCUUAAAAUUCAGCAAAUUAUUCACAAUGCUAUAACGCUGGCAAAAAGUAUUGUUACACGUCAUAAUUGGUGCAGUAAUCUAGUGUGUUAAGUACAUAAAUGUAUAACUGACAACUUGAAAGUGUUCUACAGUUCUGGGGUGAUAAAACCUAGUGGCUCUGGGAGGAAAUGUAUAUGUUGUAAUCUCUAGUCAUGAAAUGUCUGAUUACUAAUUCUUGAACCAAGGUCGAAGGCAACUUUGAUAACAAUCAAUUGCACAAAGUUAAUUUUCCCUACCUCGUCUUCAACAAGGUUGCAAGCCUACUGUACCAUAUGAAGUUCCCACCAGACUAUUGGCAUAUGCCAAUUUAACUUCCGUUACCAUCCAGAUACUAAUAUAAGACGAAGGCAUGGACAUGAUUACAAGAAACGAAAUCUGUUUUCUUAUGUGGUUUAGUAUGGAUCUGAUGUUCCAAAAUAUGUUCACCAAGACUGAUUAUUUCAUGUUAGGACAAUAAAUGAAAAGGGACAUUUUAUUUACCAUGACCAGUGUAAGUGCUAUUAGAAGAUUUAUGGUAAUUUAAUAUUUGAUAUCUUUAGCUAGUUACUGAUGGUAAUACAUGGACAAUAUAAAUACUUGUAAUGCAAUGUUAGACUUGAUAUGGAUAUUAUCUGCAGUGAAAUAGGUUUACAGGGAACAUCCAUAAAACUACUGCGGUACACUAAUAGUACAGGUUUUUGGUGCAGAAUUUAAAACUCUUAGCGUCACAUUUUUACUGCAACUGUGAAGCAUUACCGAUACUCCAUGUUACUUAAUGCUUCUCUGUAAACGUGUUUCAAUGUACCGACUUUGAGGUACUUACUGUAAAUCUUUAUACAAUAUGGAAUACUCACCAAUGUGGUGAUGUGAUUCAGGGUGAAUACCACCAUGAGAUUUUAAUGACAUAAUGGACCAGAAUUGGUGAGAGGACUCCUGUGUGUGUUUGAUGUCAUUUGUUUGUUGAAUACAGAAAAAAGGGAUUGCUGCUUAAAAAUAAACUCAAAUUGUGGAGGAAAA